AUACUCAGAGCUCCACACACCAUCUAGUAUUCAGCACAUCUUUAAGAGUAAAAUGAAGGCCUUUCUGGUAGUUUUGGCCUUUUUUCUGCCCAUCAUAAAUGCCCAGGUGCCUCAUUGGGGGCCAUGCCCAGAACCUGCAACUCAACCUGCCUUUAACCUAAAGAAGUUUAUGGGCAGGUGGUUUGAGAUAGCUAAACUUCCAGCACAGUUUGAGCGAGGGAGAUGCAUUGAGACUAACUUUACUCUUAAGCUGGAUGGAUCAGCUCACGUAGUGAGCUCAGAAAUUCUAAAAGGAGAGCUAAGAACAAUUGACGGGACAGCUGUGGUGGAAGACAAGAAAAAUCCUGCAAAGCUUGGAAUCAGUUUUUCUUAUGUUUUGCCCUACACUCCAUACUGGAUUUUGUCCACCGACUAUGAGAAUUCAGCACUGGUAUAUUCAUGCACUGAUGUCUUGAGACUGUUUCAUGUAGACUUCGCUUGGAUUCUGGGCCGCACCCGAUCUCUGCCUGCUGUCACCGUCGCCCAUGGAAAAGAGGUUUUUAGCAAUAACAACAUCGAUGUGAGCAGGAUGAUCUUAAGCAGACAGCAGGGAUGUGACAAAGACCUUUAAAUGACUGUCUUAUACUGGAAAAUCCAGUUUUCAAUGUUGUGAUGUUUUGUGUUGAACAACCUGCGGACUACAGAAGUCGUAUACUAUUCCUUUUAAACACUGCUUAUUAUGAAAGUGUUUAAUUUAACAAAGUCUUGGAUUUAUUAGCCUACUUUUCUUAAGUUUCUGCGAACCAGAAAUGUAAUCCAUCUGUUUUGUACUGAAUUGAAAACACAAGUUUCCAAUUGAUCAAAAUAAAUUAGAGCACUAACCAAAA